AUGUUUCUCACAAAUGCAAAAUUUUUAAGCAAGUUAAUGAAAAUAAAAAUUUCAAAAAGAAGGGGUUGGGUAAAAAGAAAUAAAAAAUGGAUGUUACCUAAAGUUGAAAAAUCUUAUUUAAAACAAGAACAAGAUUUUAACGUUCCUCAUAAAAUAAUAUCAUUAAAUGAAAAUAAAGUAUUAAAUGCAAAUAAUAAGUUGAAUGAAAGAAGUAAUAAUUAUGAUGGAGAUUAUAAUUUGGUUGAAGAAAUGAAGAUAAAAGAAAAAAAAAAGUUAAAACCUCAUGAAUAUAAAAACUUGCUUAAAAAAGAGAAAAAUGAAAAAAAUGAUGACAAAUUAAGUUUAAAAGAUUUAUUGCAAAAAGGAAAAAAGAGUGUGAAUUUGGAUAUAGAAGAUUUUAAGGAAGAAAAAGAAAAAAAAAAGAAGGAAAUGAACACUUUUUGGUAUAUGCCAAAUCCAUUUGAAAAAAAAGGAGUAUAUGGAAUGAAGGAAAGUUCCUUUUAUAAAUCAUUUAUAAGAGAUAGAGAAAGACAAUUAGACAAAAUUGAUAAGAAAAAAUUAAAUGAAAAUGAAGUAAAACUGUUAAAUGAUAUAAAAAAAAAAAGUAAUGUAAAUGAUGAAUUAUUAGAAAAAAGUAUUUCCUUGGAAAUGAAAAAGGAAAAAAAAAUUAGAAUUAAUCCAAGAAAAUAUUGGUUUCUUGAUAAUUAUAGCACCCCUGAUAUAUCAACAAUAAAUACAACAAAAGCUAGAGAAUUACGAUUUUUAAUGAUGAAUGAAGCGAGAUUGGUACGAAAAGGAAAAAAAAUAGAUAUGGAAUUAUGGUUAGCUUUUAUGAAUAGAGUAAUAACUUUAUCAACAAAAGUUCAUGUAAGAAGUCUUUUAAGGUAUUUACAAACUAUUGCGUCUGUUAAAGUUACUAAUAAAAAAAUGAUAAAUGAUAUAAUGAAUGAAAUUUUUAAAAGAGAAAAUGAUAUGAAACCGAAGCAUUAUGUAUAUCUUUUUCAAGCUUGUUCCAGAUUAAAAUGGACUGAUUUUAAAUUAAUUUAUGCAUUAAAAAAUAUGACUUUAUGUUGGCCAAUAUUAAGAAACAAUUUUUUGAUAAAAUCUGCUAAUUCUAUUUCUAAAUUAGGUUUAGCAAAUAAUGUUUAUAGUAAAGCUUUACAAAUAACCUUACAUGAACGAUUAAAUAAUUUUACAGGCAAAGAUUUAAAAGCAAUUAAGGCUAUAACUUUUCUUGAAUUUUUUAAUGAAGAAAUGAUUAUAAAAUUUAUUUCUCUUUCAACAUUUUAUAAAGAAUAUUUCAAUUAUUAUACAAGGAAUUUACAAAUAUUAUAUCUAUAUAUUGUAUUAUUUAAUAAAUCUAUUUAUAAUAGGAUCACUGAAGAACAAAGGAGAUUUUUGCAAAAUUAUUCAAAAGAAAGUAAUUUAAAGAAAAUUAAUAAAAUUAAUCAUAAAAGUUAUCUGAAAAAUUUAAGGAGAGGAAGAUUUCAUGAUAAAUACUCAAGUGAUGAUGAAUAUUCAAGUAAUGAUGAAUAUUCAAGUAAUGAUGAAUAUUCAAGUACUGAUGAUAGCGAAGGGUCAAGUGAUAGUGAUGAAUCCUCAGUAGAUGAAGUAAAAGUUUGCAAUAAACAAAAUUUAAUUAAUAAUAAUAGUAUUAAAGAAAAAAAUAUAGAAAAUGAAAAGAAUAAUGAAAAUGUUAAAAUAGGAGAUAAAAUAUGUGGAGGUUACACUAGUAUCUUGCAUAAGGAAGCUAGUGAUAUAUUAAAAAUAUUAAAAAUAGAGCAUCUGAAUUCUAUUUAUUGUGGCCCUUUUAUAGUUGACAUUUAUCAUCCUCAAUCAAAUUACAUUAUUGAAUUAAAUGCUCAUUUUCAGUAUUAUUUAAAUUCAGAAAAUUUAACUAGUUUAUCAAAAUGGAGACAUAAAUUUUUAUCACAUAUGGGAUAUAAAGUUAUUCAUAUAUCUUAUCGAAUAUGGAAUAAUUUACAUAGUGAAAAACAAAAAAUUGAUUAUAUCUAUAGUGUUUUACCAAAUGCUAUAUUAACAUGUUCACCUGUAUAUUUGCAAUCAAUAAAAAUAUAA